AUGAAAUAUUCUUUUUAUUUUCCAAAUAAAAAUUUUAUUUAUUAUUCUAACAUUUUCAUUUUAUUGGCCAAUAAUGCUUGCAAAGGUUUAUUACCGACAAAACCACUUAAAUGUUUUGAUUCGUCAACUCAGUUUGUAUGUUAUAGCGAAUUUUAUUCAGUAUUAAUUGAUGGAAAAUAUAUCAAUAAAUUUGAAAGGUUUUGCGUCUAUGCAAAUGACUGUGAAUACAGAGGAAUAGCGAAUAACUGUGUAACGAUAAACCAACUCGACAGCGUUGUACAAAAAUCAUUUUAUGAGAAUAUAGCGAAGAAAUAUGGAUUUCAACAAUCCGAUUUAAUUCUUUCAAGGUUAAUGUUCAAAAUCGGAAAUUUAUCUAUAGUAGAAAAAAUUUAUUUCAUGUUAUCAUUUUCAUGUUCAUCUAAUAUUGUUAUAGUCGCUUAUUUAUUAUUUUCUAUUUUCAUUCCUUUAGAUUAUUUCACUUCCAUUUUGAAAAUAUUUGGAAAUAUUUUGUACAUACAUUCUUAUUUAAGUCCAUGA